UUUUCCGAUGGAUUUUUGAGGGGUAAACUUUUUCUUUCAUAAACCCUAGGAGUUGCACACACCUCAUCCUUAAAUAGUUAUUUUACUGAGAGAGAGAUUGGUGCUGUUCUUUAGAGAGAGGAGGCUCAGACAACUUGGGUAUUCUUCUUAGAGAGAGAAACACCAAUCACAUAUAGUUGUUUGUUUUUUGAGAGAGUAAUCGGAAUCAUAAGGGUUGGUUUCUCUUUUUAUUCCGAGAGGAAAUGGCACUAGGAGAGGAGGUGAGUAAUAAGCAGAUCAUAUUGAAGAACUAUGUGACUGGUUUUCCCAAAGAGACAGACAUGGAAAUGGUGUCAAGUUCCAUUAAAGUCAAAGUACCAGAAGGAUCAAAGGCUGUUUUAGUAAAGAACCUGUACCUCUCUUGUGACCCUUACAUGAGGCUUAAAAUGACCAAACCAGAAACCCCAACCUAUUUCACUGAGUACCCGCUUGGCUCUGUCAUAACUGGUUAUGGAGUAUCUAAAGUCCUGGAUUCCGAGCAUCCAAAUUUUAAGGAAGGUGACUUGGUUUGGGGAACGACUAGAUGGGAAGAAUUCAGCUUGAUAACAAUGACUAAAAUGCUUAGGAAAAUUACCUACACUGAUGUACCUCUUUCCUACUACAUUGGCAUUUUAGGUAUGCCUGGGAUAUCAGCAUAUGUAGGAUUUUUUGAGAUUUGUUCCCCUAAGAAAGGAGAACGUGUAUAUGUCUCAGCAGCAUCAGGAGCAGUCGGCCAACUUGUUGGCCAAUUCGCUAAAUCAAUAGGCUGUUGUGUUGUUGGUAGUGCUGGUUCCAAAGAAAAGGUUGAUCUAUUGAAGUCCAAGUUUGGGUUUGAUGAAGCUUUCAAUUAUAAAGAAGAGCAUGACUUGGAUGCUGCAUUGAAAAGGUAUUUUCCUGAAGGCAUAGACAUCUACUUUGAGAAUGUUGGUGGAGCUAUGCUUGAUGCUGUGCUUUUAAACAUGAGAGACCACGGCCGAAUCUCGGUUUGCGGAUUGAUCUCUCAAUACAACAAAGACAAGCCAGAAGGUGUACACAACCUCUUUUGCCUUGUAUCGAAGCGCAUUGAAAUGAAAGGGUUCUUGGUAUUUGAUCAUUGGCACUUGUACCCACAAUUCCUAGAGGCCACUAUUAAGCGUAUCAAGGAAGGGAAGAUGGUUUAUGUUGAAGAUAUUGUAGAAGGUCUCGAGAACGCUCCCUCGGCUCUCAUUGGACUCUUCACUGGCAAGAAUGUCGGCAAACAAGUAGUCGUCGUUGCUCACGAAUAAUGCAUGUGAUUAUUGUUGUUACAUAGCAAAAUGACAGUUGAUACUAUAUUUGUUCAUGUAAAGGCUUGGUACUUUGAUAUUAUGCAUGUGUAGUUUGGGUUAAGGCUUGUAUGUGAGCCCUAUCUGUUGGUUUUGUCUAUAUGUUAUAGUCCUAGUAUAUGGGCUUCUAUAUGUUCUGGCUUGGGGGUAAGGCCAUAUUUUUUGUUUUUGAGUUAAAGUUUGAAUUUGGCCCUAAAGUUGGAAUAAUUCCAAAUUUUCUUCACAUGGUGUUUGUUUUAGACCAA